CGUGGCCCAACAAAACAACUCAGUUUUACUCGCAGAAACGCAGAAGAAAGACAUUUCAGCAGCAAUUCCACGCGGAUUUUCUUACAUUAUCCCUGAAAGAGUCACAACUCUGUCAAUAUCUUAUCGCGCGACUAUUUGAGGAUUACUCGAGUGGUCUUAUCGUGUGUACAUUGCCUGAAAAUUGCCCGAGAGGCGGUGUGAAAGUGGUCAUUAGCGCGAUAGCGUGGCGCCUUGCGGAAAAAACGAGGCUCUCUGGUGAAAAUUGUGCUUUUUGUGUGCCUCCGUGGAGAAAAGCCGUGUGUUUCCAUCCGCAGAGAGCGUCUGAGUGGUGUUCCGCCCCCUGUGCGUGUUGGGUGUUCAGUUAAGUGUGCAAGAGGUGAAAGAACGCGCCCCUGAAAUCGAACUUCCGGGAAGAGCAGGAAUCUAGGGAAAACCCCCAAAAAGGGCACAUCAAUUGACUUCAUAGGGCUAGAAAAUCAUUAAAAGCUCACAAAAUGUUCAUCGAAGAGGAUGACAAGAUGGAGAGUUUUUGGGUGCAAACGGCAAUCGGGGCCAUCAAGUGCUUCGCAUUUGUCUGUGAUGUUCUCACAUUUCCAAUAUAUUUAGUGCUUCAGAGACCAUGGAAGCGUCGAAUGCUCUCUCGUCGAAUCAAGGCAAAACCAAUCAGCCAGGAUGAGAGUCACGUAACAUAUCGCACUGUAGAUCCGCCGCAAGAGGUGCACGUGAAGAUGCUGCAACUGGGCCUGGACACUCUGGAGAAGGUGUUCAAGUACGUGGUGAAGAUUCACACGACGAAGCGCUGUCUCGGCACGCGACAGAUUCUGGGUGAGGAGGACGAGCUGCAGCCGAACGGACGCGUGUUCAAGAAGUACAAGAUGGGCGAGUACAAGUGGCGCAACUUCUUGGAGACGGAGCAGGCGGCAAUGUGGUUCGGACGCGGUGUGCGUGAGUUGGGACAGCAGCCGAAGACGAACAUUGUCAUCUUCGCGGAGACGCGUGCUGAGUGGCUGAUCGCCGCUCAUGGGUGCUUCAAGCAGAACAUCCCGAUCGUGACAAUUUACGCCACGCUGGGCGACGAGGGAAUCGUUCAUGGCAUCAAUGAGACUGAGGUCAGCAUUGUCAUUACGUCGCACGAUCUGCUGCCCAAGUUUAAGACGUUGCUGCCGAGUUUGCCCAACGUGAAAACCAUCGUGUACAUGGAGGAUCAGCUGCACAAGACGGACGUGGUGGGCUUCAAGGAGGGCGUGAAGAUCACAUCUUUCUCGGAGGUGCUGAAGAAGGGCAGCGACAGUAAAUACGAGGGAGUUCCGCCAGAGGCUGACGACACUGCUAUCAUAAUGUACACAUCAGGAUCCACGGGAACGCCAAAGGGUGUUCUACUCUCGCAUCGUGGCUGCAUUGCUACCAUGAAAAACUUCUGUGAUAGCGUUAAAAUCUACCCAGAUGACAUUCUCAUCGGAUUCCUGCCGCUGGCGCACGUCUUUGAGCUGAUUGCCGAGAGUGUGUGUCUGCUGACGGGCGUUCCAAUUGGAUAUUCCACACCGCUGACGCUCAUCGACAGCAGCAGCAAGAUCAUGAAGGGCUGCAAGGGUGACGCCACGAUUCUCAAGCCCACUUGCAUCACAUCUGUGCCGCUCAUUUUGGACAGAAUAUCGAAGGGCAUCAAUGACAAGGUGAACGCCGAGCCGCCAUUCAAAAAGGCUCUCUUCCGUUUCGCCUAUGAUUACAAGGCAAAGUGGCUGAAGCGCGGCUACACGACACCGCUUACGGAUAAAUUGAUCUUCAAGAAGGUGGCGAAACUCAUGGGCGGUCGCGUGAGGGCGGUAUUGUCUGGUGGAGCGCCCCUCUCGCCCGACACCCAUGAACAGAUUAAGGUCUGCCUGUGCGUGGAUGUGGUGCAGGGCUAUGGAUUGACAGAGACAACUUCCGGCGCCGCGGUGCUCGAUAAGUGGGACAUGACAUUUGGACGCGUUGGCGCACCGUCGACAAUGUGUGAUAUUCGGCUGAUAAACUGGGAGGAGGGAAAUUACCGUGUCACCAACAAACCAUAUCCUCAGGGUGAGAUUGUCGUGGGCGGUGAGAGUGUGUCCAAGGGAUACUACAAGUUGCCGGGCAAGACGCAGGAGGAUUUCUUCGAGGAGGACGGCAAGCGAUGGUUCAAGACAGGCGACAUCGGUGAAUUCCAUCCGGAUGGCGUACUUAAGAUCAUCGACCGCAAGAAGGAUCUGGUGAAGCUGCAGGCCGGCGAGUACGUGUCCCUGGGCAAGGUGGAGGCCGAGCUGAAGACGUGUCCGGUGGUUGAGAACAUUUGUGUCUAUGGCGAUCCUACGAAGCAGUACACAGUGGCGCUGGUGGUGCCAAGUCAGAAGCAUUUGGAGGAGAUUGCGCUGAAGCAGGGUAUCUCGAAUCUGCAGUUCGAGGAUCUCUGCUCGUCGCCCGUGAUGGAGAGGGCAGUGAUUAAGGAGUUGGCGGAGCACGCGAAGAAAUGCAAAUUGGAGAAGUUCGAAGUGCCGGCCGCCAUUACACUGUGCAAGGAGGUCUGGUCGCCUGACAUGGGACUUGUGACGGCGGCGUUCAAGCUGAAGCGAAAAGACAUCCAGGAGAGAUAUCAGCACGACAUCAAUCGCAUGUACGCUUCAUGAAAUACGCCCAAACAGUCAAUUCGCAAGCGCAAGUGAAGACUUUCCGCGCGGCGCAUUCAAUGUAGGUGUCUAAUGAGGAGUAGUGAAAAGAGGAGGAAAUACAUACAGAAGAGGAAGGAGUAAAAGAGUCAAGAGGCAAAUGAAAGGAUAAAAUGUAGUGGUUUAUUUUAUUUAUUACUGGAAUAUUGCGUUGAGCAUCACGCUAAAAGACCGGCCCAAGAGAGCGCAUAGGAAAAUAUCACUAAUAGUUAAUCAUAGCCAAAAAAAAAUGCGUUAAACACAAGGGAUUGACAAGUUGCUAUGUACUUCCUGUUCACGCGCUGUCUUUUCUUUGCAAUCACGUGAUGGGUUUAUCGGGUGGAAAUCACAAAAUGCUAUAUUUAUUCAUUUAUCAUUUUGAGAGAUUUACAGCAACACACACACACACACACAGUUUUCUCGCAAUCCCGCGGUAAUCAGUUCACUUUAGUAUGCAAACAAAAAGUGUUUCUAUAUUAAGUCAAUAUUUACUUAACUAUAAUAGAAGUAACGAAAGAACAAGAAGCAAAUUAUUUCACUGAACGCAAUAAGAAAAAAAAAAUGAGAAGAAUUGAGAUCAGAAAAUCACAAUAAUGAUUAAUCCAUUGAGAAAAGUUACCUCUUAUUUAUUGUGUAAUUGGCUUUUAUUUUGUAAGUCAACGCCUUCAAGUCAUUCAAUAGUGAAAAUUUUUUAUAUUUUAAUUGAGAUUCUGGGUAGUCAAGUAAACGAAGGGUGAGUUUAAUGUUAUUUUCCUGGGCAAAUAGCUAGAAAUAUGUCAAGAUAUUUUCAUUUGGAAAGAGACGGAAUUUGUGGAGGAAAGUCGAAAAUUUGAUAGUUUAGCUUUAUGAAGGAAGAAAGAUAAAGGAAUAUUUUUCCCCUAUUAUUAAUGAUUAUUACGAUCCUUGUCCAAAAUUUGUCUGUAUUAUUCAAUUGGAUGUGAUUGAAAUUAUUGGUGUGAAUGAUGUGAGAUUUUGGGUGUGAAUGUGAUAAAAAUUGAGUCUGAAUUUAGUUUAUGAUCCCCUUAUUUUUUUUUGUACAGUUACAAUAAAGGAAGGUGAAAGAAGAAAAAAAACCUUUUCAGAAACAAGAACAAUUCAAAAACUUAAUAAUAAAAAAACGAUGUAAAUAUUUCUUAUAUUGCCUAAAGAAAUUGGAAUUAUUAUGUGUAGUGUUUUUUUCAGUCUGUGAAGAUAUGAAAAUCCUCUCGCGUGAGAAUGUUCUUUGCAAUAAUAAAUGAUGAAAUAAAUUGUUUGUGAAAAGUGAAUGCGAUUUUGAGCUGAAAUAUAAUUGUGAAUCAUGCUUUUUAAGAACCUUUCAAUAUGCUUUUAGCUGAGACACACCAUCGAGAAUUUGAAGUUAAGAGUUCAAUCCUAACUUAAGAGUCAUUCUCUCACGCAGAUAAAAUAUAUAUAUAUUCUCUCAAUGUGUAAAAUAAUCAUGUGCUAAAAAUGCCUUCAAUAGAUGACAAAAAGACAGAACAAGUAAACUAGAGGGGAUGAUCAAAGUUGAAUUAGAUGUGGUCACAAGUCUUAUUGCAUACACAAUUUAAAAAGCUUAUAAUGAGAAGAUAAAAGAAACAGUACACAUUUUAUCGGAUUUAUGCGAUGGUAAAAGGAAAAAAAAACCAAAAUAUAUAUAUCUACUAAAAUAAAAAAGAGGAAAUCCAAUUCAUACUGAUUAUAAGAGAGAAAAAAAAGAUCCAAAAAAUGAAGAAAAAGUAAACCGUGUAUGUGUAAAUAAAGGUUAUUUAAAUGAAAUUUUACUAGGUCUACAUUUUAGUGGAUAGCAUUGAAGAUUACUAUAUUAUAAAUUAUCACACUUUAUAAAAGAAGCGAAGAUGAGGGGAAGAUGCAUUGAAAUAAAAGGAGAACAAGUGAAUAUUAAAA